UUAUGUGAGAUCUGUCAGAAAGAACCGAAACCGGCCGGGAAGCAGCGGGAGGAGGAGGAGGAGGGGAGCUGGGUUACCGGCAAAGAUAAUAAGGCAGCAUGCCUGUGUUGCCACUGGAUGAGCUCCAGUUUAUGGAGAAGGAUUUGCUCACUGGGAAGAUGAAAACUUUACCCGCACUGCAUCCUCAGAAGAAAACAGAACGGUCUUUUGUGCUGUAUAAACCUCCACCAAAGGCCAGAGAUCCCGCACUACUGGAGGAGUUUUUGGAGCGAGCCACCUUUGUGGCAGAUGAUCUGGACUGGCUCUUGGCGUUGCCUCAUGACAGAUUCUGGUGCCAGGUGAUCUUCGACGAGACGCUUCAAAAAUGCCUCGAUUCCUACCUACGCCAGGCCCCUCGCAAGUUUGAUGCAGGAGCAGAUUUGCCUCCAGAGGUGAACGACCUGCAGAGACGCAUUCAUCGGAACGUUUUCCUCACCUUCCUCCGAAUGUCCACUCACAAGGAGUCCAAAGAUUGUUUCAUUACACCAUCAGUUUUUGGAGAGAUCCUGUACAACAACUUCUUGUUUGACAUUCCCAAGAUCCUGGACCUGUGUGUGCUUUUUGGAAAAGGCAACGGGGCUCUGCUUCACAAGAUGAUUGAAAACAUCUUCACUCAGCAGCCGAACUACUUCAGUGACCUGGAUGAAACCAUGCCCACCGUCCUUCAGGUAUUCAGCAACAUCCUGCAUACCUGCGGUUUGCAAAGUGAAGGAGCUGCAGCUGUACCGCAGAAGUUGGAGGAGAGAAGCAGGACAACGCCGGGAGAUCUUCCCCUGCAGGAGCUGAAGGAUAUUGUGUUCUACCUUUGCGACACUUGCAUCACCCUUUGGGCCUUUCUGGACGUCUUUCCGUUGGCUUGCCAGACAUUCCAAAAGCAUGACUUUUGUUACAGGUUGGCUGCCUUUUUUGAGUUGGUCAUACCUGAGCUGGAAACUGCAAUCAAGAAGCGAUGCCAUGAGGACAGCAGCUUAAUGUCGGAUUUAUGGAGGAGGUUGUCUCAUUCGAGCAAGAAAGCAGUGGAAAUUUUCCAUAUCAUCGUGAACCAGUUGUGCCUUCAGCCCAUUUUGGAAAGCAGUUGUGAUAAUAUACAGCCUUAUAUUGAAGAGUUUCUACAGAUCUUCACCUCAGUGCUUCAGGAGAGGAGGUUUCUCCGCGAUUAUGAUGAGCUGUUUCCAGUCGCAGAUGACGUGAGCCUCCUGCAGCAAGCCUCUUCCACUUUGGAUGAGACUCGGACAGGGUACAUUUUGGAAGCCGUCAAAAGUGCCUGGGAGGGAGUGGAGAGGAGGGGGAAACCAACUCGAGGCCUUCCCCCGACUGAAGCUGGGGCUGGAGCAUCAGCCGUGCCGACGCCUAGUAAGGCUGAGGAGCUGGAGAGGUUCCAGAAGGAAGAUCCCGCAGAAUGUAUGGGAGCCACUGCGGCACCUCUCGUCACAGUCUCUGGUGUGGAGCUGGACUCCCUGGUCUCUCAAGUGAAGGACCUGCUCCCUGACCUUGGUGAAGGCUUCAUUUUGGCCUGCCUGGAGGAGUAUAACUAUGACGCUGAGCAGGUCAUCAACAACCUUCUGGAAGGCAAGCUGGUGGCCUCCCUGGAGAAGCUGGACCGAGCAAUGCCCAGGCCAGUAAAACCAGAUCCAACCCCUCUAGUCACAUCACGGAACAGCAUUUUCCAGAAUGAUGAGUUUGACGUUUUCAGCAGGGACUCUGUGGAUCUGUCCCGGGUGCAAAAAGGCAAGAGGAUUGACAGAACCACGACCGAAAGCUUACUGAACGACAAGAGUCUCGUGACGGAGCAAAGGGAGCGAUACAACCAGUACUCCAUAGUGGUUGAGGAGGUCCCAGUGCCCAGCGGAGCAGGCCCGGGCUACUGCGAUGACUACGAGGACGAAUAUGACGACACAUACGAUGGCAACCAAGUGGGAGCGAACGAUGCAGACUCAGACGAUGAGCUGAUCAGUCGGAGGCCCUUUACCAUCCCUCAGGUCCUCCGAUCGAAAGAGCAGGAAGAGGAGGAGGGCAAUGAGGAAGAUGAAGAGGAGGAGGAAGAAAAAGAGGCUGCAAAGCAGGACCACUUCGUCCAGGACCCAGCUGUGCUACGGGAGAGGGCUGAGGCUCGGCGGAUGGCCUUCCUCGCAAGAAAAGGGUACAAACCAGACAAUUCGGCCACUGUUGCGGGUAACGCCAAGGGCCGCGGCCAGAGCCGGGAGACUGUACAGGAGCGCAGAAAGAAAGAAGCCAGCAAAGGAACCAGGGCUAAUCACAAUCGGCGCACCAUGGCCGACCGGAAGCGCAGCAAAGGCAUGAUCCCAUCCUGAAGGAGGAGGCAGCAGCAAGGCAACCAUCCUCCUUUUGACGGCAGGGAGGUGCGUGGUGCCACGCCCCGACCCCAAGAUAACAGUGCGCACUCUGUUAAAGGUUUCCAUUGAUGGAGACAAUCCGCCUAGGGCUGUCUGACUCUGCGUUAGCAAACGGGAAACUCAUUACAGAGAAUGCCAGCAGA